AUGGAGGAUAAACAUAUUCUAACUUUAGAUAUUGGGACUAGUACUAUUCGCUGUUUUAUAUACAAUUCUAAGACUGAAGCAGUCGGAAAAGCAGUUGAUCAGGUAGUGCUACAUUACCCUAAACUUGGAUUCGUUGAAAUAGAUCCAGAUGAGCUAUGGACCUCUGUGGUGAAUGUAGUACAAAAAUCUUUAAAAGAUGCCAAUAUAACUGCUCAACAAGUGACUGCCAUGGGCAUAUCAACUCAAAGGGCGACCUUCCUUAACUGGUCUCGUAAAACUGGAAAACCUUUUCAUAAAUUCAUUACUUGGAAGGAUUUGAGAGCUGAUAAACUAGUUAAACAGUGGAAUUCAUCAUAUACAUGGAAGCUGUUGAAAAUAAGUGCCUACAUACUAUAUCUCAUUCUAAGAAGCAAGAGGUUUAGAGCAGGAAGUGUAUUCAAGUUCAUGAAUACUCAGACAUGUCUGAGACUCUAUUGGACGCUACACAACGUACCCGCACUCAAGAAUGCCGUACAAGAUGGCGAUGCACUUUUUGGAACCUUGGAUACAUGGCUAUUAUAUAAAAUGACAGGUGGUCAAAUUCACAUGACCGACGUGUCCUCGGCAUCGGCGACUGGUUUCUACGACCCAUUCACGAUGCAGUGGGCGAAUUGGGCCAUCACUUUGCUAAAGAUACCCAGGGACGCUUUACCUACGGUCGUGGACACAGCUGGUGAUCAUUUCACGAGCUCGCUGGCGACAAUAUGGGGACACCCGAUACGGAUAGUUAGUUGUAUGGCAGAUCAAACAGCUUCAAUGUGGGGAUCGUGUUGCUUCGAGACUGGUGAUGUGAAGCUUACGAUGGGUACAGGGACCUUCUUCAAUAUCAAUACUGGAGGGGAACCUCAUGCCAGUGUAUCGGGUCUUUAUCCCAUAGUAGGGUGGAGGCUCGGUGACGAACUCGUGUUCUCUGCAGAAGGCGCCAACAACGACACCGCGUCGAUCAUCAAGUGGGCGCAAAAUUUAGGCUUGUUCAGAAAUGCCGAAGAAACAGCUGAGAUCGCGUUGUCAGUCCCGGACACAGAUGGUGUAUACUUCAUACCAGCAUUUAGUGGACUCGGGCCACCAUACAACGACGGCACGGCUGCAUCAGGAUUCGUGGGUAUGAAACCGUCAACUAGUAAGGCGCACUUAGUGCGGGCAGUGCUGGAGUCCCUCGCAUUUCGUACUGCGCAGCUCUAUGCCUGCGUGAAAGCAGAGACUGACUAUAGCUUCAACGUUAUUAGGCUAGAUGGCGGUGUAUCAAAUAACGAUUUCAUUGCCCAACUUGUUGCCGAUCUUACCGAGCUGCGAGUGGAGCGCCCUGUUCAUGUUGAAAUGUCUUCUCUAGGAUGUGCACAUAUCGUUGGAUAUACAUUAGGUAUUUGGAAAUCAAAAGAAGAAUUAAAAUCCCUACGUAAGAUCGAUUGCGUAUUCAAUCCUCGCCAGCAUGUGAAAAAGGCUUACGAGAUAACAUUUGCACGAUGGCAGGACGCCGUCAAGCGAAUGUGCGGUUGGUAUAACGGGGAAACAACAUCACAAUCUACCAUAUCAGAUUCUAGCACUAGUACUCCACAGAGCUUCAAAUUGUCCAGUGGCCGGGAAAAGAAUGGGAGCAUAUCUGCAUAG